ACUUCUACGGGUUGGAAUUCAAUAUGGCGGCCCAAGUGGUGAAAACCAAGUUUUCUGCAAUAUUUCUUUUGGCUUGAUGUGAAACUGUUUUGUUUUGGUUUUUGUUUUUUGGAAAAUGCAGGUUUCCCAACCUAACGAUGUCAAGAUCUAUAAUCUCUCUGCUGGAAAAAGUCUACCAGAGUGGCUGUCUGAAAGACGGAGAAGGCUCCUCCAAAAGGAAGAUGUUGAUAUACGGAGACGAAUUGAACUCAUUCAGGAUUUUGAAAUGCCUACAGCUUCAACCAAUAUAGAAAUAUCACAAGAUGGGAAUUAUAUUCUUGCAUCUGGCUGCUAUAAACCACGUGUUAGGUGCUAUGAUUUAUCUCAAAUGUCCAUGAAGUUUGAGCGCUGUUUGGACUCCGAUAUUGUUAGAUUUCAAGUCUUGUCAGAUGACUACUCAAAGAUUGCAUUUCUGAAUUGUGACAGAUAUGUUGAGUUUCAUGCACAGUAUGGACGUUAUUACAGAACAAGAAUUCCAAAGUUUGGCAGGGAUCUUGUGUAUCAUUAUCCUUCAUGUGAUUUAUAUUUAGUUGGAGAAAGUUCAGAAGUCUAUCGACUAAAUUUGGAACAAGGAAGAUUUUUAAAUCCAUUGCAAACAGAAUCAGAAUCCAUCAACUGUUGUGACAUUAAUCCUGCCAACCAACUUCUUGCAGUCGGUACUGCUCAAGGCCAUGUGGAAUGUUGGGACCCACGUUCAAGGACUCGGGUCGGUAAAGUUGAUGUCGCCACAAAUAACUUAGGAUUAGAAAGUGGUUCAACUCGGAUACCAGAAGUAACAAGUAUGAAAUACUGUAAUGGUCUUCUUCUUGGUGUGGGUACCAGCACUGGACAUGUAUUAUUGUAUGACAUACGUUCUGAUAAACCUGUUCUGGUAAAGGACCAUCAAUAUGGUCUGCCAAUCAACAGUCUGGCAUUUCAAAAUGAUGUGAAUAUGGUCCUUUCAACUGACUCUAAAAUUCUUAAAAUUUGGCACAGAGAUUCAGGAAAACCAUUCACAGCUAUUGAACCUGGCACUAACAUAAAUAAUUUGUGUUCAUACCCAAACUCAGGUUUGAUAUUUAUGGCUACGGAAGCUCCAAAGAUGCUCGUCUAUUAUGUUCCGUCUCUGGGACCAGCCCCAAGAUGGUGCUCAUUCCUUGACAGUUUAACUGAAGAGUUAGAGGAAGAUUCUCAGCCUGCGGUAUAUGAUGAUUACAAAUUUGUAACGAAGCAAGACUUGACAAGUCUAGGAUUGUCACAUUUAGUUGGUACAAAUCUUCUUCGAGCUUACAUGCAUGGCUUCUUCAUUGAUAUACGAUUGUACCAUAAGGCCAAGGCCAUUGCAGAGCCGUUCGCUUACGAGGACUACCGCAAGAAUUUGAUAAAGAAGAAAAUCGACGAGGAACGAGAAAACAGGGUUGUUGCUAAGAAGUUGCCAAAAGUCAAUCGUCAACUCGCAGAGAAGCUUUUGGACGAAGUGUCAGAGAAAAAAAUCGUUGGAAAAGUUGACGUCAGCAAUCCUCUUGGCGAUGAACGUUUUGCCGCCAUAUUUACCAACCCAGAUUUCGAAGUGGAUGAGGACAGUGAGCAAUACCAACUACUUCAUCCUAUAAUUUCAAAACGAGAUAAAGAAAGGAAAGAGAAGAAGAACGAACUGGACAAAAGGUUGGAAGAUUUCAACGAGAUUUCGGAUGGUGAAGUUGAAGGUGUUGCAAGCGACGUGGAUGAGUCUAGUUCUGAUGAUGAUUAUGAAUGGAGACUGGAGUACAAGAAACAGCAGAGAGAUAAACAGGGCUCCAACAGGAAGCCUAAGUUUUAUGAACUGAAAUCUGGCGAGGAAUUCACAUCCGUGAAACAACCAGAGGAUGACAAGCGAAAGAAAAAUGUUUCCCUAGGAGAUCGAUUGAAUGAGGGAUUGGACACGAGCAUUAUAAAAUCCAGCGGUUCCUCGUUUGGUGGCAAAGAAAUCGUAUUCAAAAUUGGCAAGAACCAACAAGAGAUUGCGGAGGAAAACGUCGCAAAGGCUCACAGGAACGAGAGGCAAAAACUUCGUCGCUCAGCCAAAUCUAUUUUGCCGAAAGAGAAACGUGCUGUCUACUGGAGAGGAAAGAGAGUGAGGUGAUCACGUGCUGUGUGACGUCAUACAACGCCAGAGAACAUUACGUCAUGACAUAACGUCAUUGCAUGUAUGAAGAAGUACGAGGAACAUUACCAAGCCGACUUUGUUCGAAGUGAAGGAACACUUUGUAGCCGAAAAAUAUAUUAUUUUUAAUAGUUUGGACUGGUUUGAAGUAACGUUCUUAUUGCAAGGACUAAAAAUGAAACGUUUUAAAUUUAAAGAAAUGUUUUACAUUGUAAAUUUCUUCUCAUUUUUACUGUCGGAGUAGCUUAUAUUAGCACAGAUGGAAAGCCUGUGUACUAAUUUAUUUGUAC